CCACUAUUCAUGUGAAUAUGUUAUCCGUGGCGGUUGUAAUAACAACCAGGGUAAGAAGCAACAUAAUAUAUGACCAAUGAUUGGAAUAACUAUGACACAUUGACGUGACGUGUGAGAUUUCAUAAGGCUCUAGUAUAAAAGCGUAUUUACAGAACCCUAAUAAUUAAUUAAUACGAGUACAAUUAGCAACAAACCCAUAAUAAUAGUAACAAUAGUGAUAAAGAUCAGAAAAUCAAUCAGAUUAUCGGUAAGUAUAAAUGACCAGCAGCAGUUGGCGGUGUCAGUCGUUUUCAGCUGGUUAGUAUUAAAAUGCGGGCAGCGAUAGUGCUCAUCGUAGCUUUAGCAGCUUAUGCUGCGGCAGGGCCUGUGAUUGAAGACCAGGUCCCCGGGUACACAAGGUUCAUCCAGUUCCCCGAUGGCAACGAAGUUCCUCAUACUGUAGACCUGGAGGAGGAACCCGACUACCAAAUCCUUGCGGAAAUCGAACGGGAUCCGGCCAAUAACCAGUAUCAGCUCUUCACCAGACGUAACCCAGACUCUUCGCAAACGCUGGUCAUCAAUGACGCACACUCGAUUCACAACUCCAACUUCAACCCGGCAGACCCCACUGUGGUCAUCGCUCACGGAUGGCUGAGCAACCAGGAAACCAAUCUGAACUCUGUUAUCAGAGACGCUUACCUCGAAAAAGGUGACUACAAUAUCAUAGUCCUUGACUGGAGCCGUCUCGCCAUCCGCAACUACGUCACCGCCGCUAGAGGAGUCCCCGCCGUGGGUCGCGGGCUGGGACAGUUCCUACGGUUCCUCCAUGAGACUACUGGAGCUUCGUACAGCUCUAUGCACUUGGUCGGAUUCAGCUUGGGUGCUCAUUUGGUCGGCAAUGCUGGCAGGGAGCUGGGAGGAGCCGUCGCUCGAGUCACUGGUCUAGACCCCGCUGGACCUCUGUGGUAUACCAGCAGCAACCGUCUCGGUCCCAACGAUGGAGUAUACGUCGAGGUGAUCCAUACCGACGGAGGCACCACCGUCGGCGGGCUUGGUAUCGGGUCGGCAAUUGCCGACACUGACUUCUUCCCUAACGGCGGUUCUUCUCAGCCAUUGUGCCUCACCAACAUCUGCAACCACAACCGUGCCUGGCGGUACUUUGCUGCCAGUGUUUCCUACGAUCACCUGACCGGUCGGGAGUGUUCGAACAUUGUGCAGCUCAACUUGAAUACAUGCCGGGGACAAUCUCUUAAUAUGGGCAACGCAGAUUUGACAAAGUCUGGAUCUGGGAGGUACCGCGUCAACACCAGGCGAAGAUAUCCGUACUAAACGACUAUGGAAUCGACUACAACCAAGACUACCUCUUAA